AUGUACGCCGCUCAGAAUAUAACGCCAACAGUUUUGGAUGCUAUGAAUGGAAAUGUUUCCGAAUGGUAUAACGAAUGCGACAAUGCCAUUAGAAGGUCAGAAAUAGUUCCUGGAACUUACGAAUAUACAACUGCUGUUUCUUAUGGAAACGUAGGUGAGUUUGGAGAAGGUUCUUCAACAACAGUAGAUAUUGCUUGCGACAGGUUUCAUAUAAUUUCUAUUGACAACUCUUUCUUAUACGUGGAACAAGACAUUGAAAUAAAACCUUCUGCCAAGUUGUCUGACAAGAAAGGUUGCAAUGGAAUUUUCUAUGUCGGAUACCAAUAUGCUCCAGAAGUUUUCAUGGGAUAUAAGAUAUAUUCUAACUCUGACUUAGUUCAAACAGUAACAUGGGCAAACUAUGAAUGGUUCGCUUUGAGAAACUCAGUACAACCACAAGCUAGAGAACAAACAGACCAGUAUGCAACUAUUGAGAAAAUAAGAAGACUUGACCCUAACGUUCCAGGAGUUUAUGUUAACCUUUCUGGUUCAGAUGGAAAUGCUGUCACUAAAGUAAAACUGAAACUUAGAGUUCCUUUGUCAUCUUUCCUCAUCUUCAGGUUUUUAAGAUACUUGCCAAACUGGGCAGGAAAAAUUUCUAUCGAACUUACUCCAAGCAAAAAUAACUUAGUCAUUGCACCAACACAAGACCCAUUCACUCUUACAGAAGUAGUGGGAACAAAUAAAAUGUCAUUCGCCGACUUUUGCAAAAACAAAGUUGACUUAGACUUUG